ACUAGGGCCGUCGUUUCAUUUAUUUCUCUUCCCAUAUUAUUAUUUAGAGGAUGAUUGAAAUUAGGCUUGGCUAGGCGAGGCUUGUCUCUUGCAUAUGCAUAAACCGUUUCUCAAUCACUACACAUUUUUGUGGUCACAUGGUAUUUAGGCCUUUUUUUCUGCAUACAUGACGUCACGUUUGGCACAUCUCACCCUCUGGUCAUUGGCGAUACACUUCUUGCAUGUCUGCAAAGUCUUCAGAUACCCAAGGUCAAAUAGAGGGCAAACUAACAGAACCUGAUG